AGAGGACGAAAAAAUAUAAAUUAUGAACUUUGAAAACUUCUAGCGGUUUAUUGAAUAUUAAUGAUUUUAUAAAGCAUACAUUAGUUUGUCGCACAGUCAUUUUAAAAAUACUAUGAUUGAUAAGCUCGACUCAUGCAUACUUUAUAAAACCCUUGCUGUACUUUGAAAAUUGGAAAGCGAUAUAUUCAAAAAUAUAUUGUCCGUAGAGUUGUUUAAAUAAAAAGUUUCUAUAAAGCGUGACUUGAUUAACUUUUUACAAAUUCACUGUAACUUUGAAUUUCUCUAAGUGACAUUGUCAAAGCAAAUUUAGGCAGUGUAAAAUGUAAGGGUUUUCUAAUUUUAAAAAUUGAACUGUUUUUGUGAACAAUUCGCAAUGCUAAUAAACGCUUUUCUCUUUGUAUCUUUAACCAUAUCUGUACAAGGACUAGAGUUUAAGUUUGCCCGUCGGUUGAAUGUAGACAAUGUUAAUCUUUACAUUGCUGACAGUCACCUCUCAAUGUAUGGAAUAAAUGACUGUAUAGACGCAUGCAAGAGGAGGAAAAAUUGUAGAUUCAUAAAUUAUGAACCAAGAACAAAAUUGUGCCAAAUGAUCAACACGAUUAAUGAGUGGACUUUCACGACAGCUGACCAUUUGGAAACAGUACCUGGCUUCUAUUUCGGGGACAAGACUUGGUGGAAUAUGGAUGAUCAACAUGAGUAUGAAGAUAACGAAGACGACAAAGGCGUUGGAUCAAAUGUCGGAGGAUGUGGUUUGCCUGAAGAAAAAGAUAACGCAAAAUUAUUAGGGAAUAUGUUCUCAUACGGUGAUAAAGUCCAAUACAAAUGUAUGGAUGGCUUUGCAUCAAACAAAACUGUUCCAUUAAUUUCAGAGUGCCUUGACAAUGGUACUUGGAGUAGACAAGACUUCGUCUGCAUUCCUGGUGUAGUUCACAAAGUUGACAAAACGUUCUACAUGCUGAUAAGGGAAAAGAAGACGUGGUCAGAAGCAAAUGAGAUGUGCAAUAAGAUUGGAUGGCAACUGGUGGACAUACAAUCUUCAAAGGAACACAGUGAAAUAGUUAGAAUGAUAACUGCAACUGAUG